GGGACUUGGAGUAGCAGACGUUACGUUUUGAGCCACUACUUUGAGAAGCUUGUUCCUCAAAAACUACAUUUCCCAAAGAUAUUUAGUAACCAGACGUUCACUGUUUGGCUCAUCCUUGACCGGAGUCGAAAUUGGCUUUCUGCUGCAUAUUGCUGACAAACACCGGGCUAAUGAAAUAAUUAUUGCACCGGCGAAUAUUAACUUUUUGAUGUGAGGACUGCUUCCUUCCAUCCGUGUUGGGAUUCAGCAUGGCGCAGGAGGAGGACGUACACAGCCUGGAGGCGAAAUUUGUUGCUGCAGUCAAAGUGAUCCGGAGUUUACCUGAAGAAGGUCCUUUCCAGCCAUCUGAUGACAUGAUGCUGAUGUUCUGUAGUUACUACAAGCAGGCCACCUCGGGGCCCUGCAACAUCCCAAGACCUAACGGCUUCUGGGACCCUAGUGGAAAAGCUAAAUGGGAUGCUUGGAGCUCUUUGGGAAAUAUGACAAAGGAGGAAGCCAUGAGGAAUUAUGUUGAGGACAUCCAGCUGAUUCUGGAGACAAUCCCAAUCUCAGAUGAAGUGUCCGAUCUGGUGGAGAAGCUUGGCAGCUUCUACACAGAGGUAGACAGGGACGGAGACGAAGCUGAAGAUAACGAGGUGGACAGCAGACCCUUCACCAGGCCGUUUGCAAACCAUGCAGAUGAGCUGGUCAAACAAAUUCACAAACCUACAAUGGAAGGCUAUGGGGAUCUGUGGGAUGAUAUACAAAAUCUCGGCGACUAUGACAGCAGUGCUCAGGGCACAAGUGUCAGUUUCGAGGAGGCAGAGGGAAGCAAUGCAAAUAGUGAAAUCGAGAGAAAAGAGGAAAGUAGUGAUUGGAUGAAAAGUGGGGAAGAGGAGAAUGGGGAUGAAGAAGACAAUACGGACGAUGCAGACGAGGAGGAAAAAGUCUCAGACUGGGGGCCUGACUGGGGGCCUGACCGGAGGCUGCUGACGGUGGAGAAGAGGUGGAGGUCUGACACUGUGGGGUCCAGCAGCAGCAUGGAGCCCAGCAUGUCCUCCUUCACCAACGGGACACAGAGCUCCCUCAACAGCGAGGUGGAGGAGGAGGAGCUGGCCGGUUGCAUGGAGCCAAGUGUCCAGUAUAACUCCUAUAAGCACUUUAAUGGACACCUGAGUGGUCAUACUGAUGCUUUUCCUGAGAAGAACCAUCGAUCCACGGACUCAGAUAAUGAGGAAUUCUGUGACUCAAUGGAGCAUCUGGCCAUGGAAGAGGGGCUGUCUGCAUCAAAAAUACUGUCACCUGGAUCAGGAGCAGCCUCAGUGAGGCAAAGGGAUCUUUGCUUUGAGAGCAACACCACCCUUAAGGGAGGAGAGGAUCAAGUGCUCAUGGGAGAUUCCUACCUUAAAGAAGGGAUUAGCACAAGCCAGCACAACAGCUCCUUGUCAAGAAGAGGGAGAGGUUCACAGUCGCCAAGGACUACCUGCGGCUCUCAUCAGUGUGCCAUUGUCGAUGCUGCCUGCUGUUGUGUGUCACAGAGCCGACAUCUAAUCAGCUCUGCCAGAGGAAACGUCAAUGAGCAAAUAGCUACAGCUCUACUACGGCUGCAGAAUGACAUGGCCGCGGUGUUACAGAGGCUGCACGCUCUGGAGGCUCUUACGGUGUCACAGUCAAGAUCAUCUUCGCCAAGGCUGGAAUACUCCCUACCUGUCGCAUCAGAGUUCUUGAGACCAUCUUGGUGGCCUUUUGACUUUUCUCCACUCACUGCGGUGUUCACUGCUCUCUGGCCUCUGAUUGCCCAUUGGCUUGUCCAGCUUUAUUUACAAAGGAGGAGAAGGAAAAUCCCCAGAAUUAUCUGACAACCACUGGCAUCAAUCAAGAGCAUGAAGCUGGGAUGGAAUUGUUGCACUUUUGUUGCUUUGUGGCUUUUUUAAGCCCCUUCAGAGAUGGAGUAUAAUAAGGGCUCCAGUAGAAAUGGAGAGGCUACCUUAGAUAAAUGAAUGGUCAGGAAGGUGUGUAAGACUCUAAAAUAUAGUGUAGCAUUCUUACUUCAUGGGUACUUUUUACAUGUAAAAAAACAAAACAGAUGAUUUAUGCAUUAUAAAUGCUGGCACAUUUUCUUUGUUACAGUGAGCUUAGAAUUAGGUAGUGAUCUUAUUUAUGACAUAUCUCACAGACCACCAGGAAUUCAAUAUACACAUAACUCACAUCACUGAGUCAACUAUUUAUUGAAAUGAAUUCAUGAUUAUACAGUAGCUGUUGACCUUAAGCGAUGUCUCAUUGUCAUUGCCAGUUGUUUUAUUUAUUAUACAGGUCAUUGUUUGUAUAGGUUUUCUUUCAUGUUUUGUCAACAAGAAAAAAAAAUUCUGAUUACUAAGAACUUUUAUAUUUAUUGUUAGAAAUAUAAAAAUAUUUAAGGUUAAUCUCCUUUAGGACCAAAUAGAUUGUGACCAAUAUUGUAUUGUGUAAAAGUAUAUAUUUAUUCUAUGACUUAAGUGCAAUAGUAUCAAAAAUGACAUCUUUACAUAGAGAGAGAAACAGAGAAAAGACAAUCCUUACAUGCAUUCUGGUUUCUUGUCAGCCGCACAGUGAAAAUUAAGAAUUCUCUAAUGCAAGGGUGUGGUGCUUUCAAAUAUACAGUUGUUAAAACAAAAAGUACGUGAAGCACAUUUUGACAUGCAAUAAAUGCAUUCUUUGA